AUGAGUAAAAAGAAAGGGUUCUCCUCAGUGGAUGACACUAAUGGAGAAGAAAUUAAUAGAAGAAAAGCAAAAGAUAAAAAGCAACGUCUUAAGAUUCUAGAAAAGGAUUUUAUAGGACCAAAUCACAGAAAGAGUGAGUCCUGUCAUAUGUCAAGAGCUAUGAGUAUGAAAGAGUCACAAGAGGAGCCUCCUGAAAAGGAUGAAGACGCUGACUUUUUCGAUUUGUCUACUCUUCAGACCAAGGUUGAUUUUAAACUUGGACUGCGCAGUAGAAACUCGCCAAGGCUGGCAAGGCCCUUCAGUCACGAUACCAAAGAGAAAAAUGUUCAGCAUCCGAUUUCUUCAGAUGGUGGGCUGAAGUACGAACCAGUUCUAGCUGCACCAGUAGACACGGACAACAAAACUAUGGAAGAUAUUGAUGAAGCUUUGUGGAUAGCUAUUUGUAAUCUCAGCCACUUAAAAGAUGCAGACGAGAUGCUGAAGUACUUGGAAUUGAAAGUGAAACAGGAAGGAGACAAGGUGGCAGAAAUUGCAGAUAGAAUGUUUGAUGAACUUACUAUUUCUCUCCAGUCCAGGAAAAGGAAACUAUAUGCAGAAUUAUUGAUGAAUAUUGACAGUUACAGUGCAGAAGUUGCAAAGGCUAAACAGUACAUUGAAGAGAAGAAAAAUUGUUUGAUUGGUGCCGUUAGGAUCGCAAAGGAAUUAAAAAUUACGCCUUCUGUAAGAACCUACUGUGAUCUGGCUCAGAUUAUUCGUAAUCUAAAAUUGACAAUUGAGGAUGAACUCUCAAGAGUGAAUAGUCUGAAGGAGAAAACAUCUCUAAGUUUCUUCAUAAAUACUGAUGAAAUUACAUCUUUGUUAAAAAAUAUGGGGAAGAUUGAAUGGGGAAAAACAGCAAAAUGUUUUCCUAAAUACAAUGAAGACAACGGACAGCACACUCUCAGGCCUGAUGACAAAGAAGAAAUCCCUGAUGUCAUAAUAGAAGAAAUAAUUGAAGAUGAUGAGGAAGGCUCGACAGAACUCGUGUUUGUAAGCCAUGUUGUAAAUCCAUGCCACUUCUAUAUUCGGAGAUACUCACAGAAGAAAAUAGCAGGUUUUUUGGAGAAGAAACUGAAAAACUUUUGUCGUAGUAUGAGUUCUUAUCUUUCGCCUUCAGAUGUUCUGGAAUUAGGUGCUAGAACUUUCAUUAAGAGUAAAGAAACUGGAAUGUGGUGCCGUGGAACUAUCACUGAACUAGUUCCCCUAAAAAGUAAAAAUGUGAGGAAGCCUUAUGGUCCAGUAAGAUACAAAGUUUGUGAUAUUGCAGUGAUGGAAGUAUUCCUGAUAGAUUUUGGGAGUUCUGAAGUUCUGAUUUUUUCAAGAUACGUUCCUGUUGAGAGGCAUGAAACAGCUACUUUGCAAAUUAUUGACACAGAUGACAUUUGUUUGUUUGUAAGAAAGCCUGAUCAGUAUAUUGAGGCACAACUUGCAACUAUUCCUCCUUUAGCAGUACUGUGUUCAUUAAAAGAUAUUGUUCCCAAAAAUGCAAGUGAAGGUUGGAGACAGGAAGCAAAGACAGAAUUUUUAAAAAUGGUAAAUAAUAAAGUUGUUUUAAUGAGCAUAUUUAGAGAAGAGGAUGGGGUGCUCAUUGUGGAUCUAAAAAAACCUCCAUUUAACAAAAUAAGCAACAACAUGCCAGUGUCUCUCAAGGAUGCAUUAGUUUUUUUAGACUUGGCAAGAUUUAGAUCGCAGCUUCCCAGUGAAUUAGAAGAUAAUGUAGUCUUGCAAUAUAGUCCGCCUAAAAUACCACAAGAAACAGAAGAAGUCUCCAUUGUAGUUUGUCAUAUUAAUAGUCCUAGUGAUUUCUAUCUCCAAUUGAUGGAUAGCCUAGACUUUUUAGCUCUUCCGAAGAAAAUAGAGGAGAUAUACAAACAUGAGGAUAGGGAAAAUUUGGAGAUUGACUGCGCAGUUGAAGGGCAAGCCUGUAUUGCAAAAUACAAAGAUGGAAUUUGGUGCAGAGCACAGAUUAUAGGGCUGCCAAGUCAUCGGGAAGUUGUAGUAAAAUAUGUUGACUUUGGCAAUGUUGCUAAGAUAAGUCUUAAAGACAUAUGCAAAGUAAAAAAGGAAUUUCUGAGCUUUCCGGAAAAGGCAAUCAGGAGCAAGCUGGCUUACAUUGAACCUUACAAAGGAGCUAGUGAGUGGACCAGAGCAGCCAAGGAAAGGUUUGAAGAAAUGACUGAAGAUAAAUUCAUGCUGUGUUCAGUUGUUAAAAUUUUGGAAAAUAACUUUUUAUCUGUUGAGCUAUUUGACUCCUCUGCUGUUCCUGGAAGAUGCCGUAGUAUUAACUGUCAACUAGUUAAGGAAGACCUGGCAUCCUUCAUACCUGGAUAUAUUGAAAGUACUGCUGUGGGGCCCAGUGAAAUAUGGGAUACUCCUUUAGAAGAAGUUCCUGAAACACCAGAAAAUUUAAAUCCUAUAAACGUGGAGCCCCUCGAGGAAGUGGAUUUCAGAUCGCUUUCUAAGAAAGAGCUACAAGUGAGAAUUAGUCAUGUUGUAUCCCCUAGCAAAAUUUUUAUACAAUGGCUGUCAUCAGAAGGUUUACUGAAAAGUUUACAGGAGAAGAUGGCUACUAUCUAUGAAGAAUCCCAGCCAGAGUCUGUGAAGUGGGAAACCAGUAUGCAUUGUGCUGUUUAUGUACAUGAUUGGAAACAGUGGCAAAGAGGUCAAAUAAGCAGAAUUGUCUCUGAAACAACUGCAGAGGUUAUGUUAUAUGAUUCCGGAGCUGUAAAAACAGUGGAUAUCAGCUGUCUAAGAAAACUUGAGGAAAAUAUGAAGAUAAUGAGGACGUUAGCAAUAGAAUGUUCCUUGGUAGAUAUAAGACCAACAGGUGGAAGCAUGCAGUGGACAGCAACUGUAUGUGAAUGUGUAUCCUAUUACCUAACUGGGGCACAAGCGAAAAUAAUUAUACAGGAAAGUGAUGUGGCUUGUCCGUUGCCUGUGAAAAUUCUUUGCAAAGAUGAAGCAGGACAAUUUAUUGAUAUUUCAGAACACCUUAUUAAAAAGGGUUUGGCUUUUAGAAACAGAAGAACUGAUAAAGCCGAUGCAGCUGGCUCAAUCUCCAAGGAACAUCCUGAAGUACAUUUAGAACAAGAGAACUCACAAUUAGAUGGUUGUAAUUCAGAAACUACAUGUGCAGUAAACAGUGCUGCUGCUCCAGAGAAAGACAUCACUCUUUCUGAGAGAGAACAUAAAUCUAAUCAGACAGAGGAGCCACUGCUUCAGUCGGGAGUGGAUGAAGUGUAUAAACCUCCUGUUAUACCUGAAACAAAAAUUUUUCAAGCUGUAGUAAGCUGUGUUGGACACGAUGGGACUAUUUAUGUGAUACCAGUAUCAUUAGUAAAUGAACUAAACAAAUUGAUGAGUGAAAUACAGUGUAACUUCAAAUGCCUUGGUCUUCUGGAACCCUACUGUUGGAAGAAGGGAGAGGCUUGUGUUAUCAGAGGGUCAGAUACCAUGUGGUAUCGAGGUAAAGUUACAGAACUUGGUGGUGGUACUCUCCAGGUGCAGUACGUAGACUGUGGUUCCAUUGAGAAGAUCCCCCAGUGUCAUCUGUAUCCAACUGCCUUAUAUACUGAUAUUCCUCCAUUUUGUAUACCAUGUCAGCUCUACAACACUGUGCCAAUUGGAAAUUUUUGGCAGCAGGACGCAAUUGAUCUCCUUCAAGAACUACUUACAGAUGAAAAGGUUGAAGUACAUGUUCAGGAACUACCAGAAAAUCCAUGGGGCAAAUUGUCCAUCAGCCUGUAUAUUGAUGGAAUGUCACUUUCUUCCCUCAUGGCAUGCCAAAAGUACUGCCUUGUUGAAGUUUGUCAGGACAUGUCAAAGCUGGAAUUACUUAAAGGAGAUGUUCCUGUUUUGCCUCCAUACACGUUGCCAUCUCUACCUGUUCCAGGAGAUACCUUUCCUGUCAGAGUUACCCAUCUUGUGUCCCCUAAAGAGGUAUAUAUUUGCCUUGAUCCUUCCGAGAGCCUUAAAAUGCAGUCCAACACAGAGGGAGAUACCAACGGCAACUCUGCAUUGGAGAGCCUUGAUGAGGCCCUGAAGUGGUGCAAUAAAAAUGUGGCUUCUCUUCCUCCUUUAACAAACUUCAGAACAGAAAUGCCUUGCCUUGUUGAAUAUAAUGAUGGUUUAUGGUACAGAGCAAAGCUCCUUACUGUUAAAGAAUUUGACCCUGUUAAGGUCCUGAUUCAGUUUGUUGACUAUGGUAAUUUUUCAGUUGUCCCUGCCAGCAGAUUGCGUCAGAUACCUUCUCAUCUGCUGCAUUAUCCUGUUCAGGCAGUACGAGCUCUGCUGGCUGGCUUUAGACCUCCUGUGUAUGAUAAAAACAAGAAGAGAAUUCCUUACUGCCCAGAAUGGAGCAUGGAAGCAUUGUGGGCUAUGAUGGAGUGCGUUGAAGGAAAACAACUCUCUGCUUCCAUACUUGCUGUUUCACCAGAGGUCACUAUUUCUUUGUAUGAAGAUGACCGCAACCUAGUUCAUAUGAAACUGAUAGAAAUGGGAUUUGCAGAUUUGGAUGAGUAA